GGCUCAUAUGUAGCAUAUCUGCACAUCCCCAGCUGCACCAGGGAGCUGUGAAACAGCUGAUCACUUUCUGUGAGGAAGAUGUGGGCUGUUAGGAUGAUGCUGGGAAGCCUCUUGUUUUCUUUUUCAGGUUUAGUGAGAGGGGAGAGAACUCACUCCAGGUACAAAAGAGGCUGGAUGAUGCCUGGGACAUUGUGGUGUGGAGCUGGAAAUGUUGCUGAAAACAUCACCAACUUAGGUGUAUUCCAUGGAGCAGAUCUUUGCUGCAGAGAACAUGACUUCUGCUCUCAUCAAAUUCAAGCCUAUGAAUUAAAGUAUGGAAUCCGGAAUUACCGACUUCACACAGUGUCACACUGUGACUGUGACCAGAGGUUCAGACUCUGUCUUCUUUCUCUCAAUGACACAAUAUCCUCACUUAUUGGCAUCAUGUACUUCAACAUCCUGGAGAUGCCCUGCUUCACCCUGAACCAGGAGGAACAGUGUGCCGAAUGGCAUUGGUGGGGAGGCUGUAAAUCCUUUGACUUGUUACCAAAAGCUGAAAUGCAGAAACAAGCCAUGUACAAUGAUACCCACCACAUGAAGAUAACACACUCCUUGCACAAGGACCACUAUACAACCAACUCAUCUACCUACAACACAACAACAUUACGUUCCUCUUUCUCAGAAAGGGGGAAAAAUACCAGCAAACAAACAUUUAUGAAGAAGCAGCAACAGCACAACAAGCUAAGAAAAACAGAAAAAUACCCUAAUGGACAGAAAGAAAGUGACAAUUUUAUCCUGUGUAGAAGAGAUAGCAAAAAAAUAAAGAGAGACAACCAAGUACCGCAAAUAAGAGACACUCAGAUGGUCAGAACGGACUUGCUUGGUCUUCUAAGUACCGUAACGACAACAGACAACCCGGGUCUCAGCACAAGAGACACUGAGGCAAUUAGACGAGACAAUCAGAACUUACAAGAAAAGACAGUCAGAGACUCACAAAAUACAGCUCUGAACCGAGAGGAAGAAAAACACAGAAAAGUAAGAAUGAAAGAGGUGAAAAGAAAGAAAAAGAUGGAUAUUCUCUGCAGGAGACAACGUAUCUCUAGAAAAGUGAAGAAUGAUCAGAGGUUUAGAGGAAACAACAAAGACUGAAA